GGAGAGGGAGUGGGCAGCUAGAAGGCACACGGAUCUCUUACCUUGCUUAAUUUUUUCCCAAUACUUCAGCUUGUUGGUGAACCCGUUUCUCUAGAUGUCGUUCUACUUUUCUAUCAUUCCAUCACAGGUUUAUUAAAGUCUGAUGACCCCUUCCAGGGGUUGAGCUGCAGAGCGAUGAAGACUGGCUCUCAAGUCAGCCUGUUACUGUGGAAAAACUGGACUCUUCGAAAGAGACAGAAGAUCCGCUUCCUGGUGGAGAUCUUCUGGCCAGUGUUGCUGUUCAUUGGUUUGGUGUGGCUGAGGAAAGCCAAUCCACUAUACCAACAACAUGAGUGUCAUUUCCCCAACAAGGCGCUGCCCUCUACAGGGAUUCUUCCUUGGAUUCAGGGCAUCUUCUGCAACGUCAACAAUCCCUGCUUUAGAUAUCCAACCCGAGGAGAGUCCCCAGGCGUUGUUUCCAAUUAUAAUAACUCGGUAUUGGCGCGAUUCUACACCAACAUCCAAAAGCUUCUGCUCAAUGACACGGAGGUCCAACAGCUUGGCAGGCUUUGGCAUGAAAUGUCAUCAUUCUCAAACUUCAUGGAAACUUUACGCAACAAUCCGUCUGCAGUCUCAGGUCGCGGGCUGAAGGUGGAUGAUAUUUUGAAGGAUGAUGAAGUUCUCACAGCCUUCCUGUUAAGAGAUGCCGGGCUCUCGGAGUCUAUAGUUCAUCAACUUGUCAAUGCACAAAUACGACUUGAACAGUUUGCAUUUGGAGUCCCAGACCUGCAGCUGAAAGACAUAGCAUGUAGUCAGGCCCUCUUGGAGCGCUUCCUCAUCUUCCCCACUCGCAUGGGACUGCAUGGGGUCCGCAAUGCUAUGUGUGCCCUGAGCCAGCAAAGGCUCCAGAGGAUAGAGGAUGUCCUGUAUGCUAAUCUGGACUUCUUCAAGAUCUUUAAGCUGAUGCCUCAGGUUUUGGACAGAAGCUCCGUGGGCAUUGACCUGCAUUUCUGGGGCCAGGCUCUUCAGGCAACAUCAGCGAAGAUCCAAGAUACGAUGGAGCAGGAGAGCUCUCAGGAGCUCCUGAAGGCAGUGUCCUCCCUGUUCCAAACUGGGGGUCCUUCCUCUUUCACCCAGUUGAUGUCCAGCGUGUCAAGUCUCUUCUGCGGAUAUCCUGAGGGUGGGGGCUCUAGGGUCCUGUCUUUCAACUGGUAUGAAGACAACAAUUAUAAGGUGUUUCUGGGGGUCAAUGGCACCAAAAACCACAACUAUGUCUAUGAUGAUACUACCACUCCCUUCUGCAAUGCCCUGAUGCAGACCCUGGAGUCCAACCCUGUCACGAAAAUUGUGUGGAAUUCAGUCAAGCCCCUGCUGAUGGGAAAGAUCCUUUACACCCCCGACUCCCCCGCAGCCCGCAAGAUAUUAAAGAGUGCAAACACAACCUUUGAGGAGCUAGAGAGGCUCCAAAAUAUGGCCAAGGCCUGGGAAGAGGUGGGACCUCAACUCUGGGCUUUCUUCCAAAACAGCGUUCAGAUGAACAUGAUCAGGGAUACACUGAGGAACCCAACGGUGAUGCAGUUCAUGGACAACAGUCUGGUGGGAACCGAAUUUACCACAAAAGACAUUCUCAACUUCCUCUACAAUGGACCAGAGCGAGAGAGAGAGGCGGGCAUACCAAACUUUGACUGGAGGAACAUUUUUAACAUCACUGACCAGCUCAUACGUAUGUUCAACCAGUAUGGAGAGUGCAUUAGUCUGGAUAAGUUUGUGGCCUACACAGACGAGUCCCAGAUGAUCCAUGAGGCUUUGCACCUGCUGGAGGAGAACAAGUUCUGGGCUGGCGUGGUCUUCAUGGACCUGUAUCCCUGGACCACAAGCGUUCCGCCGCAUGUCAAGUACAAGAUCCGCAUGGAUAUUGAUGCGGUGGAGCGUACCAACAAAAUCAAAGACAGGUACUGGGAUCCUGGUCCUAGAGCAGACCCCAUGGAGGACCAGAGAUACAUCUGGGGAGGUUUUGCUUACCUGCAGGAUAUGAUUGAACACGGCAUCAUUAAAAUUCACACAGGCAACGACUGGCCACUCGGGGUCUACGUCCAGCAGAUGCCAUAUCCAUGCUACGUAGAUGACCUCUUCAUGAUCACACUGAACCGCUGCUUCCCAAUAUUCAUGGUGCUGGCCUGGAUCUACUCUGUGUCCAUGACAGUGAAGAGCAUCGUGCUGGAAAAGGAGCUCCGUCUUAAAGAGACCCUCAAAGCCAUGGGGGUCAGCAAUGGAGUCAUUUGGUACACGUGGUUCAUCGACAGCUUCCUCAUGAUGACUGCGAGCACAGUACUGCUGACCUCCAUAGUCAUGGGCGGCAAGGUGUUGAAUUACAGCGACCCGAUCCUUGUCUUCUUCUUUUUGAUGACUUUCACUGUGGCCACCAUCAUGCAGUGUUUUCUGAUGAGCGUGUUCUUCAACAAGGCCAACCUGGCAGCAGCCUGCAGUGGCAUCAUUUAUUUCACCCUCUACCUACCUCACAUCCUGUGCUUUGCCUGGCAAGACCGCAUCACCAAGAGCAUGAAACUGGCUGCAAGCCUGUUGUCACCUGUGGCCUUUGGCUUCGGGACAGAGUAUCUGUCGCGGUAUGAGGAGCAGGGUUUGGGCCUGCAUUGGAACAACAUUAAGACCAGCCCCUUAGAGAAAGACACUUACUCCUUUCUCACCUCCAUCCUCAUGAUGAUUUUUGAUGCUGUCCUCUACGGUGUCCUGGCCUGGUAUCUGGAUAAUGUUUUCCCAGGACAGUAUGGCAUUGGUCGGCCAUUCUACUUCCCAUUCCAGCCCUCCUACUGGCAAAGACCUAAACCCUCACACACAGAAACAGCAGACGGAGUUCCUGAGAAACCUGAACCAGAGAACCAAGAGAAGGAUAUCGAGAGCACACCAGAGACAAACACCUGUAACGGCUCAGCCAGCAGGAAAAUCUGCAAGCACCAAAGCAAGAGGGAGCAGCGGGAGAGACAGAGGGAACUGCUGAAACAGCAAGAAGAAGCGCCAAACCAGGAGGACGGCCAGGACUCAGGAAAUGAAGACCAGCUGUUCUUUGAGCCUGACCCAGUAGGCCUUGUGAUGGGGGUGCAAGUUCAGGAUCUGGUGAAAGUCUUUGAUGGAAGCUCUCGUCCAGCUGUCAACUGCCUCAACAUUAAUUUCUACGAGGGGCAGAUCACAUCCUUCCUGGGGCACAAUGGGGCUGGAAAAACCACGACAAUGUCCAUCCUGACCGGGCUCUAUCCUCCCACAUCUGGCACAGCCUAUAUUAAUGGGAGAGACAUUAGAACUGACAUAGACAUUAUCCGCACGUCAAUGGGGAUGUGUCCUCAACACAACAUCCUCUUUAACCAUCUUACAGUAGAAGAGCACAUCUUGUUCUAUUCACUGCUGAAAGGUCGGACCCAGGCGGAGGCAGAAAGGGAGGUCGAGGACAUGCUUGUGGACCUUGGGCUGCCACACAAGAGAGAUGAUGAGGCUCAGAACCUCUCAGGCGGCAUGCAGAGGAAAUUGUCAGUGGCUAUGGCAUUUGUCGGAGGGUCAAAGGUCGUCAUCUUAGACGAGCCCACCUCAGGAGUGGACCCCUACUCCAGACGAUCCAUUUGGGACCUCUUACUGAAAUACAGAACUGGCCGCACUGUGAUCCUGUCCACUCAUCACAUGGAUGAGGCCGACCUGCUGAGCGACCGCAUCGCCAUCAUCUCCAAAGGGCAGCUGCACUGCUGUGGGUCCCCCCUAUUCCUCAAAAACUGUUUUGGAGUUGGUUUCUAUUUGACGCUUGUACGGAGGAUAAAGGACCUCAGGAAGAAGGAGAAUAACUGCGACUGUGCCUCAGACUGCUCGUGUUCCUGUUCCAUCUGCACCAGAUAUAAAGAUGAGUCUCAGAAUCAGUUUCAGCAUCUAGACAGAGUUUUGGAUGGGGAUGUAGACAGCAUCACAAGUCUUAUCCACCACCAUGUCCCUGAGGCCAAGCUGAUUGAGAUGAUUGGACAGGAGUUGACCUAUUUGCUCCCCAGUAAAGGGUUUAAACAUCGGGCCUAUGCUAGCCUGUUUAGGGAGCUGGAGGAGACACUUGCUGAUAUGGGUCUAAGCAGCUUUGGCAUCUCUGAUACAUCACUAGAGGAGAUAUUCAUAAAGGUCACUGCAGACGGAGAAGCUGCGAAUAAUGCCACCACUCCUGAACAGUGGAUGUUACAAGGGAGAAAAAAUGGCUGCAAAGUUGGCAUAGAGGGAGAUGAAGAACAUAAUGGAGUGAACCCCACCAACCAGUCAUCGGACAGCAGUGCAGGAAAGGGCUCCAGGCAGGUGAAAGGUGGAUUUCUGAUCUUGAAACAGUUCCAUGCUCUGCUGGUAAAGAGGUUCCACCAUGCCACACGAAGCCAGAAAGACUUUUUGGCACAGAUCGUCCUUCCUGCCAGUUUUGUCUUGAUAGCACUGAUCUUCACCAUGAUUGUCCCUCCUUUUGGAGAAUAUCCCAGUCUCACUCUGAGCCCCUGGAUGUACGGACAGCAGUUCACCUUCUUCAGCAAUGAGAGGCCAUAUGACCCCAAAAUGAAACACUUUAUAGAGCGCUUGCUAAAGCCACCAGGCCUGGGCACGCGAUGCAUGGAAGGAGAGCCCCUAGGAGUUCCCUGCAGUAACAGGACCCCAGAGUGGGAUUAUCCUGAUGUCUCCCCAGCGGUUAGCAACAUCUUACAAAGUCCUGCAUGGAACCAGAGAAACCCAUCACCUUCCUGCCAGUGCAGCACAAGUAACAAACUGACCAUGAUGCCCAUCUGUCCAGAUGGUGCAGGAGGUCUGCCCCCUCGCCAGCGACUGGAGCCAACGGGAGACACAAUGCUGGAUCUGACUGACAGGAACAUCUCUGACUACUUGGUCAAAACCUACCCCAGCCUUAUUAGAACUAGUUUGAAGAGCAAGUACUGGGUGAAUGAACAAAGAUAUGGAGGUUUGUCAGUUGGAGGGCAACUCCCCAUCCUGGAUGUGGACCCUAAAGACAUCCGGAACGUUUUUCAUCAGCUGGGACGGAUGUUCAACAUCACUGGGGGUUACUAUAGCAGACUUGCCCUGAGGGACAUUGGCACUUUCUUACGAUAUAUGGAAAGUGAAUUCAAUAUAAAGGUGUGGUAUAAUAACAAAGGCUGGCACGCCAUGGUGGCCUUCAUCAAUGUGGCUAAUAAUGCUAUUCUGCGAGCCUUCCUACCCACAAAUGCCAACCCUGUUGAGUUCGGGAUCACUGCCAUCAACCACCCACUAAACCUCACUAAAGAGCAGCUUUCUGAAGUCACUGUGCUGACCACUUCAGUCGAUGCCGUGGUGGCAAUCUGUGUUAUUUUCGCCAUGUCCUUCAUCCCUGCUAGCUUCGUCCUCUACCUCAUACAGGAGCGCGUGACCAAAGCCAAGCACCUGCAGUUCGUCAGUGGGGUCAGCCCUGUAGUUUACUGGGUGACCAACUUCUUUUGGGACAUGAUGAACUACACUCUCAGCUCUGCGAUGGUAGUUGGCAUUUUCAUGGCUUUUGACAAAAAGUGUUACACAUCACCAUCCAACCUGCCAGCACUAAUAGCACUCCUUUUGCUCUAUGGGUGGUCAGUGACACCCAUGAUGUAUCCCUUGUCCUACAUAUUCAACAUCCCGAGUACAGCAUAUGUGUCUCUGUCCUGCAUCAACCUGUUCAUAGGCAUCAACAGCAGUGCCAUCACUUUCAUCCUGGAGCUGUUUGAAAACAAUCGGUCUUUGCUCGUGUUCAAUGAGGGGCUGAAGAAAGUCCUGCUGGUGUUCCCUCACUUCUGCCUGGGACGGGGGCUGAUAGACAUGGCCAUGAACCAGGCUGUUACUGAUGUGUAUGCCCGGUUUGGUGAAGAUUACACAUUGGACCCUUUCCGAUGGGACUUUGUGGGAAAAAACAUUGCUUUCAUGGCAGUGGAAGGCUUUGUUUAUUUUAUUCUUAAUCUUCUGAUCCAGUACAGAUUCUUCCUGGACCAUUGGUUGUCAGACUACAAGCAGAGUCCUGCACAAGAUGAGGAUGAUGAUGUCGCAGCAGAGAGGCAGAGGAUUUACGAUGGAGGGAGCAAGGCUGACAUUCUGCAGAUCAGGGACCUCUCUAAGACGUAUGUGGGCAGGAAGAGGGCAGCUGUGGACCGGAUUUGUGUGGGAGUCCCUGCAGGAGAGUGCUUUGGUCUCUUGGGAGUAAAUGGAGCUGGAAAGACGACAACCUUCAAAAUGCUGACUGGUGACACUGAUGUCACCUCUGGAGAGGCUUCUGUGGCUGGUUACAGCAUCUUGACAGAGAUUCUGGAUGUGCACCAGAACAUGGGCUACUGCCCUCAGUUUGAUGCCAUCGAUGAGCUUCUUACUGGCAGGGAACAUCUCUACCUUUACGCUCGUCUCAGAGGGGUGCCCGAGUCAGAGAUCCCCAGAGUUGCAGAGUGGGGCAUUCAGAAGCUGGGUCUGUCAGAAUAUGCAGGCCGCUGUGCAGGGACUUACAGUGGAGGCAACAAACGCAAACUCUCCACAGCUAUCGCAAUGAUUGGUUGCCCGGCCCUGGUGCUGCUGGACGAACCCACGACAGGGAUGGAUCCCCACUCUCGACGCUUCCUGUGGAACGCCAUCAUGAGUGUGAUUCAGGAUGGCAGGGCCGUGGUGCUAACAUCACACAGCAUGGAGGAGUGUGAGGCUCUGUGCACUCGACUGGCCAUCAUGGUCAAUGGAACCUUCAAGUGUCUGGGUACCAUUCAGCAUCUCAAAUACAAAUUUGGUGAUGGCUACGUGGUCACGAUGAAAAUCAAGCCAGCUAAAGCAGGCUUGUCCCCAGAGCUGGAGCCUGUCGAGAGCUUUAUGGAGACCAGUUUCCCUGGCUGCGUUCAGCGGGAGAAGCACUACAACACGCUGCAGUACGAGAUCGCCUCAUCCUCCCUAGCGAGGAUAUUUCAGCUGGUGGUGGCCAAUAAAGACAGGCUCAGCAUCGAAGACUACUCUGUUUCCCAGACAACACUGGAUCAGGUAUUUGUCAACUUUGCUAAGCAACAGGCUGGAGAGGACGAGGAGUUAACGUUACACAGACGAACCGCAGGUGGAAGAAAAGACAUCAAGAUCUCACCGGUGAAGAGGAAAACAUGAAAAAGUCAUGCAAACGUAGAGGUGUUACUCCGCAGGGCAGUAAUAUACUGUAAAGUCACACACUGAAAUUCAACAACUUUCAAUGUUUUGCUAGCCAGCUGUUUUUUUUAGAGUAGAGGUGAAUGUGACCAGCUUCCUGCCAAACUGACCUGUGGAAGAGUUCGCUUCUCGAACUACAGUCAAACUUGACAAGCUCUUGGCUGCAAGUGGAGAUUCAUCUUACAUAACUUUUAAAAAUCAAUAAUGUCUGACACAUUGCUUUGACUUGACACUUUCUGAAUUACUUUAAACAUCAAGCUAAACAAAAGAUUGAGUUUUUUCUGCUUAGACUGACUGGCUUGUAUAAAAGUGUACAUAUUGUAUGUUUAACGAAUACACUAACACCCUGUUACGCAUUAUUUUUAUUGUCUAUUAUAAUGAACACCUGUCACUUUUAUAUAUAAUAUUUAAAUGAAGACUCAUGCAAUGUAUUGUUGAACUGUCUAAAUGCAAAACAUGUUUACGAUUGCUUCUGUUCUUGUCAGUAUUUUUUUGAUGUAAUUUUAUUACUUUUUUCUGCUGUCUUUUACAUCUACGUGCUGCUUUGUCUCCUCGUGUCAGUACAAAAUAGUACAAUGUUUUCCUCUUGGAAAAAAAACGUAUGAAGAAGCAUAUCAAGGCUGAAGAGGAAAUCUAUUUUGCAACUGACAUCUGUUUAACAUGCUUUCCACAUGCUCUGUGCAGUCCCUUCUAGCUGAUUUGCACUUCCAUCAGUCACAAAUAAAGGAGUUUCAUGAGCUAUAUGUGAAGUGUGGUGUUAUGUAAAUGUGUAGUGCUGUAUUUCCUAUUAAAUAUUUCAGCCUU